AUGAAACUCAGCCAUGAGACGGUUACCAUUGAGCUGAAGAACGGGACCCAGGUCCAUGGCACCAUCACCGGUGUUGACGUGAGCAUGAACACCCACCUGAAGGCAGUGAAAAUGACCCUGAAAAACAGGGAGCCCACUCAGCUGGAGUCGCUGAGUAUCCGCGGCAACAACAUCCGCUACUUCAUCCUGCCAGACAGCCUCCCGCUGGACACCCUGCUGGUCGACAUCGAGCCAAAGAUCAAGUCCAAGAAGAGAGAAGCAGGUAAGAGGCGUUCUAAAAACUCUAAACGUGGGGCCUUUUUGAGGAGGCUGAUCAGAAAUUACUGCUUGAAGUGUAGGAGGAAGUGGCCGGUCGGGGCCGCGGCCGAGGGCGAGGCCGUGGCAGAGGAAGGGGCCGGGGCCGAGGUGGACCCAGAAGAUGAUCAUAAGGCCCACAGCUGCUUCCCGUCGUCCCGCUGUCUAGGAAACGAUUUGUGA